UCUGCACGUGCUGGCGCCGCUUAACAAGUGUGAUAUUUAUUUAACGUUUUUAUAUUUGUGGGCCUUGCCAAACGAUUUUACUGAGUAACUCCAAAAGCAGGACUGAAGGAGUUGCAAUCAAAGCCAGCAUGAAAGACACCGAAAUUAAAGAAAACCACUCCAAGGAGGAGGAGCCCCAGAAGGAGGCACCAGAAGAUGCCAGCUCCGAUGAGGAUGAGUAUGAUGACAUAGACGAUGACGAGGACGAACCGAUGGACGAGGGCGAGGAACCAACCACAUGUCUUUUCUGCACCGAGACAUCAUCAAAUAUAUUGACUGCCAUCAACCACCUGGACGCCCGGCACAAGGUGAAUCUGUCGCAGCUUAAGCAGAAAUUCCAAAUGGAUCAGUAUUCCUUCAUCAAACUGAUUAACUACAUAAGAGCCAAUAAGAUUACAUCCGAGCAGUUGCUUUCCGCUGACCAGGCUCUGUGGCAAGAUGAGCAGUACCUCAAGCCCGGCGAAUAUGAGCCAUGGCUGUGCUACGACUUCGAAGAGCUCAAGACAGACGCCGUUCCGGCCCAAGCUACGGUGCCCGAGCUGCAGCUGCGCAUUGCAGAGCAAUCCCAGUUGCUGCAGCAGGCCAACGAGGACAUGGAGCGCAUGCGCAACGACUACAAGGAGCUGCUGCAAAAGGUGCAUGGUGACGGCGAAUCCAAGGCUUCCAGCAAUCCCGUGCCGCGAAACAAUGUCAGCCUGGACAAUGAAUACUUCAAAAGCUACUCCCACUUUGGCAUCCAUCACGAAAUGCUGAGCGACAAGGUGCGAACCAGCACCUAUCGCGCAUCCCUUUUCGAAAAUGAGGCAGUUGUCCGAGGCAAAACCGUUCUGGAUGUGGGUUGUGGCACGGGAAUUCUCUCUAUCUUUGCCUCCAAGGCAGGUGCUUCCCGCGUCGUGGGCAUAGAUAACUCUGACAUCGUGUACACGGCCAUGGACAUAAUCCGGAAAAACAAAGUCGAUAAUGUCCAGCUGAUCAAGGGACGCCUAGAGGACACAAAUUUGCCGGAGGACAAAUAUGACAUCAUAAUUUCCGAAUGGAUGGGCUACUUUCUGCUGUACGAGUCCAUGCUAGACAGCAUCAUCUAUGCCCGCGACAAUCAUCUUAAUCCCAAUGGCAUUAUCCUGCCUAGCCGCUGCACUCUCAGCCUGCUGGGAUAUGGAAACGACACCCUCUAUGCCGAGCAGGUUGAGUUCUGGUCUAACGUCUACGAGGUUAAUAUGAGCGAUCUGAGGAAGCGUUCCAUAGAGGAGCCCCUCAUGGAGGUGGUGGACGCAGAGUUUAUGCUGACAGACCCCGAACAGAUCGCCAACUUUGACAUAAUGACUGUUGAUCUGAACUAUCCCAACUUCAGUCACCAGUUUAGCCUGAAAGUCACGAAACCGGGUCGGUUGUCUGCCUUUGUAGGCUAUUUCGACACGCUUUUCGAGCUUCCCACCGCCGUCAUGUUCAGCACAUCACCAAGUGCGACGCCCACCCAUUGGAAGCAGACAGUUUUCUUUAUUGAGCAGCCUCAAACGGUAAAGGAGGGAGACAUCAUCAGUGGGAAAAUCACUUCGAGGAGGCAUAAAGAGGAUGUCAGGGCACUCAGUGUAGAUAUAGAAGUUUUCGGUAAGAAACACAAAUACAUGGUGGUGUAAUGUUUACAAUUCGAAAAGAAUUUAAUAAACUACGAUCGAGAUUAAAAAUGUCGAACCCCUUGCAAUCAAGAUAAAAUCAAAGUCUGGGUUUUUCAAAUCAUUUUUAAUUAAAGAUUCGUAGAUCGUACGUUUUGCUGACAAAUGAGAGCUUAAUUACUUUUUAAAAAUAUGUAAAUAUAUAUAAAUUAAAAUGAG